AUGCCUCUUAAGGGAUCAGAAAAAAAAGCUUCUGGUGGAUGUUAUAAUUCACACUAUAGUAAUAGAAAAAAGAAAAGAGAUUUUAUGGUCAGUAAUUGCCCUAAUUCUAAUGGACCAAGCUCCACUGUAUACAAUAAAUACUACAAUAGAACUAAUGGGGAUAAUCCCGGUGCUUUAAUUUUAAAGCUAUUACAUAACGGACGAAACAUUGGCACAAAACCAGUCGUCCCACAAUCCAAAAAUCUUAUUAGACCGCAAAGCCGUACUAAUAACUGUGAAAGUGUGGAACCACAUUUUAAAACGCAGAGUGAAGAACCUAUAAGUAUUAAUUCAGAAUCCGUAAAUGCCACCAAUAAUACUGUGAAUUUGUUCGCAACUCCACCACCCAAUAGGAAAGGAAGAUAUAGUGUCGUUUCGUCAUGUGGGACAAAUAACCCAAAACUUGUUAACUACUCUAGUGGUGGUGGAAACAAAUCGCUGGCAUCCAGCUCAUCUAAUCCAACGAAUUUUGCUUUACCUAUGUAUAUGAGAUCUCCUAAUCCAGAAAGUAUCCCAAUGCCUUGUGGCUUUCCAAUUGGAUAA